AUGGGACGGACAGCGCCGCGCGGACACAACGGCAUGAAGAAGAAGGGCGAGGCGGGCGCAUCCAAGAACUACAUCACUCGCAACCAGGCGAUCAAGAAGCUCCAGUGCACCCUGGGCGACUUCCGCCGCCUCUGCAUCCUCAAGGGCAUCUACCCCCGUGAGCCCAAGAACCGCAAGAAGGCGAACAAGGGCUCCUCGGCGCCGGCGUCUUUCUACUACGCCAAGGACAUCCAGUACCUCCUCCACGAGCCGGUCCUGCACAAGCUCCGCGAGCACAAGGCGUUCGCGAAGAAGCUCAGCAAGGCUGUGGGACGCGGAGAGUGGGGAUUGGCCAAGAACCUCGAGGAGCAGAAGCCUACCUACCGGCUCGACCACAUUAUCAAGGAGCGCUACCCCACGUUUGUCGACGCCGUCCGCGACCUCGACGACGCCCUCUCUCUCAUUGUCCUUUUCGCCGCCCUCCCUGCCACCACGACCGUUCCCGCCUCGAUCAUCUCGAACUGCGCCCGCCUCGCCGCCGAAUGGCAGCUCUACGUGAUGCGGACGCGCUCGCUGCGCAAGGUCUUCCUCAGCAUCAAGGGCAUCUACUUCCAGGCCGAAGUCCAGGGCCAGACCGUCACCUGGCUCGUCCCCUACAUGUUCACGCAGCACAUCCCGUCCGACCUCGACUACCGCAUCAUGCUCACCUUCCUCGAGCUCUACCAGACCCUCCUCGGCUUCGUCUUUUACCGCCUCUACACCGAGCAGAACCUCGUGUACCCUCCCAAGCUCGACGAGGUCCUCGACGAGAACGGUGCGGGGCUUGGCGCGCUCCUGCUCGAGGAGGCCGGCGCGAAGGGACUGGUCGUCGAGCGGGUGCCCGAUGCCGACGCGGAGCAGACGGAGAAGAAGCGCGUGUACGCCAAGGACGUGCGGAAACAAAUUCAGGAGAUCGAGAAGGCCGGUGUUGCGCACGAGGGUACGGCGGAUGAGCAGGAGGGCGACGCGACCGUUGCUGGCGGCUCGAACGAUGCCGCGCUCGAGCUCGACGUCUUCCCCGCCCCCGCCAACGUCGACGAGUCGGACCCGACGACGUCCGUCAUCCAGCCUUCCUCUCUCACCGCCUCGACCGACCUCUUCGCCCCGUACUUCUUCUUCCUCUCGCGCGAAGUGACCCGACCGACGCUCGAAUUCGUCAUCCGCUCCUUCGGCGGCCGCGUCGGCUGGGACCCCGUCCUCGGCGCCGGUUCGCCUUACAAGGAGGACGACCCUCGCAUCACCCACCACGUUCUCGACCGCCCUGUCCUUCCCUCUUCCGCCGCCGCACUCCCCGGCAAGCGCGCGUUCGUCCAGCCUCAGUGGGUGGUCGACUGCAUCAACAAGAAGACGCUUCUCCCGACGGACGAGUACAAGCCUGGCGCGGUUCUCCCGCCCCACUUGUCGCCGUUCGUCGACGAAGACGAGGUCCGCCAGCGUGGUGGAUACGUGCCUGAGGAGGCUGGCGGCGAGGGUGUCGAGCUCGGUGAGGAGGACGAGUCAGAGGAUGAGGAGGUCGACGAGGACGAGGCGAUGGACGAAGACGAGUCCGCUGCGCCCGCUUUGCUCGCUGCCGCAGCCGACCCGUCGAACGAAGAGCUCCGACACGCCGCCGAGCUCGAGGCCGAAGCGCGCGGCAUCGCACCCGCCCAGUUCGAGGCCGAGCUUGCCGCCGAGACGAAGAAGGCGAAGAAGGCUGCUGCGGCGGGCAAGGGCGACAAGUUGCAGGUCAAGAAGACGUUGACGGAGCAGCAGCAGGUCGCGGCGAGCAUGAUGACCAACAGCCAGCGCCGACUCCUCAAGAAGUUGACGUACUCGCAGGACCGGAGCAACGAGGAGACCGCCAAGCUGCAACAGCGCAAGAAGGACAUCGAGAAGCGCAAGAAGAAGGCGUCGAAGCAGUAA